CCAAUCGCCCUACCCCCACUUUCAAAAAACCCUAACUCCCGCCGCCAUCCUCCUUAAACCCCUCCCACCACCACUUCCUCACGAAAACCCUCCAGCCAUCGCCAAUGGACCCAAAAGCCGUAAAAUCCGACUUAGUCCUGAUCCUAGACUUUGGUUCCCCAUACACCCAUCUCAUCACUCGCCGUAUCCGCUCUCUUUCAAUCUUCUCCCUCUGCAUCUCCGGUACUUCCCCUCUUUCCUCCAUCACUUCCCUCAACCCGAAAGUCGUUAUCCUUUCCGGUGGACCCCACUCGGUCCAUUCCAAUGAUUCACCUUCGUUUGCCGAUGGGUUCGUUGAGUGGGCCCAGUCCAAUGGGGUUUUUGUUCUGGGUAUUUGUUAUGGGCUUCAGUUGAUUGUUCAGAGACUCGGUGGUGAAGUUAGGGUUGGGGAGAAGCAGGAGUAUGGGAGGAUGGAGAUUGAGGUUGAGAAAAGUUGUGGUAUUUUUGGUGGGAAGAGGGUUGGAGAUAGGCAGGUUGUUUGGAUGAGUCAUGGGGAUGAGGCUGCUAGUUUGCCUAAUGGGUUUGAAGUGGUGGCUAGAAGUCACCAAGGGGCCGUGGCCGCGGUGGAGGAUCAGGAGAGGAGGUUUUAUGGGUUGCAGUACCAUCCUGAGGUUACCCAUUCUCCAGAAGGGAUGGAAACUCUUAGAUAUUUCUUGUUUGAUGUUUGUGGAGUGAAUGCUGGAUGGAAAAUGGAAGAUGUAAUGGAUGAAGAAAUAAAGGUGAUCAACAACAUGGUGGAGGCUGAUGACCAUGUUAUCUGUGCUUUAUCUGGAGGUGUUGAUUCCACAGUUGCUGCAACCCUUGUUCACAAGGCAAUUGGAGACAGACUUCACUGUGUUUUUGUUGACAAUGGUUUAUUAAGGUAUAAGGAGAGAGAACGUGUGAUGGAAACCUUUGAAAGGGAUCUACAUCUACCUGUUACAUGUGUUGAUGCAACUAAUCAAUUUCUUAGUAAACUAAAAGGUGUGGUAGACCCUGAGAUGAAACGGAAGAUAAUUGGAAAGGAAUUUAUCUGCAUCUUCGAUGCAUUUGCUCAAGAAUUGGAGCGUAAAUUAGGAAAGAAACCUGCUUUCUUAGUUCAAGGAACCUUGUAUCCGGAUGUAAUUGAAUCUUGUCCACCACCAGGAACGGGAAGAACCCACUCUCACACAAUCAAAAGUCAUCAUAAUGUUGGAGGGCUUCCCAAAGAUAUGAAAUUAAAGCUUGUUGAGCCUCUUAAACUUUUAUUCAAAGAUGAGGUUCGCCAACUUGGGAGGAUAUUGAGGGUUCCUGAGCCAUUUUUAAAACGCCACCCAUUUCCUGGGCCUGGCCUUGCAGUACGAGUCUUGGGCGAUGUAACUGAAUUCAAUGCCUUGGACAUUCUCCGUCAGGUUGAUGAAAUCUUCAUUCAGUCAAUCAAAGAUGCUGGCAUUUAUGACUCAAUUUGGCAAGCUUUUGCUGUAUUUUUGCCUGUAAAAUCAGUUGGAGUUCAAGGUGAUCAAAGAACACAUUCUCAUGUUGUUGCUCUCCGAGCUGUUACAAGUCAAGAUGGAAUGACAGCAGAUUGGUAUGAAUUUGAACACAAGUUCCUGGAUGAUGUGGCCCGAAAAAUUUGCAACAGCGUUCGUGGUGUGAAUCGUGUUGUUCAAGACAUCACAUCAAAGCCCCCAUCAACAAUUGAAUGGGAGUGAUGCUAUGUUGGAUGUAUGUGUUGCUCCUCGUGAUGAUGAGAAGAAAGAAAGAAAGAAAAAGUGUAGCAGGAUUUCUUAUUGGAAGGUUAAGGCCUUUCCUGGUGUCUGUAUCACCAAUUUAUCUAUUUCUGAGACACUGUAAAAAUUUCUGUUGAAACAUUUAUAAGGAUUAAAUAUUAUACAACUUUUGGCAGUAGUAAUUUGUCUUUCCCUGGUGAUGGAUGCUUUAUACUUUUAGCCAAAUGUGAAGUACAUAUGUAUCUGAGUGUGCCUGUAAAUUACUAUUGUGCUGAAUUUGCGUAUGUGAACAGAGUCAAGUGUCUGGUUUGUCCAUGUACUCAUUCACAUUCUUAUCUCUGUUCUUGUGUUGCCAUUUUUGUUGUUUCUUUAUGUUUGUAACUUAAUAAAAUUCUUUUGUUGGCCAUGCCAUGAUGUCUCUUUGCUCUUGGAUUCAGUGGAUAUAAUCCAUCGGCUUCUAUUUGCAUAAUACUAGUAUUGGUUUGUAGCUGAGUGUUAUGUGGUGCUUUUGAUCCGU